CAUUCCUCUGCACAGCGAUCAGAGUUCACGAAGAACAGGGCAACGUUUCCUCCACAUGCUGUAUCUCAUGAAGUGCGUUUAACAGUCGAGUAUUUACAUACGUACAUUGCGAAGAAAAUGCGAAUAAAGAAAGGAAAAGAGAAGAAAACCCUUCCUGAAGACCCAGUUAAGAAUUUUGAGAAAUGGAGAAAAAAGCAUGACAAAAGCAGGAAAAAGACUAAAAGGCCGAGGAAGAAACGCGAGUGGGAGAUAGAAAGAGAAAUCAUACAGAAGCUGGUCACCAAAUACGCAGAGAUAAAUCCAAAAGAAGCUGUUAAGUUCUCUGACUUUCCACUCUCAAAGAAGACUGUGAAAGGCCUGUUAGAGGCUCAGUAUCGGCAGCCCACGGAGAUCCAGAGACAGACCAUCGGCUUUGCUCUGCAGGGAAAAGAUGUCUUGGGUGCUGCAAAGACCGGCUCGGGGAAAACUCUUGCUUUCCUCAUUCCUGUGCUGGAGUGCCUGUACCGUAACCAGUGGACAGCCAUGGACGGUCUCGGUGCUCUUAUAAUCUCUCCCACUCGAGAGCUCGCUUAUCAGACAUUCGAGGUUCUGAGGAAAGUUGGGAAGAACCAUGAAUUCUCAGCUGGACUUGUUAUUGGUGGAAAGGACCUCAAGGACGAGUCUCUGAAGAUUCAUCGCACCAACAUCAUCAUCUGCACACCAGGACGUCUACUGCAGCACAUGGACCAAAAUUCCAGCUUCCACGCCUCUGACCUGCACAUGCUCGUGUUGGAUGAAGCUGACAGAAUUUUAGACAUGGGCUUCGCCGACACACUCAACGCCAUUGUGGAGAACCUUCCAAAAACCAGACAGACGCUGCUCUUCUCCGCCACACAGACCAAGUCUGUUAAAGACCUGGCCAGACUCAGCCUGAAGAACCCCGAGUAUGUGUGGGUUCAUGAGCAGGCUAAAUUCAGCACUCCGGCUACUCUGGAGCAGAGCUACGUAGUGUGCGAGCUGCACGAGAAGAUCAACAUGCUCUUCUCUUUCUUGAGGAGUCACCUGCAGAAGAAGAUUAUUGUCUUUUUCGCUUGCUGCAAAGAGGUACAGUACCUGUUCCGUGUGUUCUGCCGGCUCCGGCCCGGUAUCUCUGUUUUGGCCCUGCACGGAAAGCAGCCACAGAUGAAGAGGGUGGAGGUCUACAAUGACUUUGUCCGCAAGAAAGCUGCUGUCCUUUUUGCCACAGAUAUCGCUGCAAGAGGACUUGAUUUUCCUGCUGUGAACUGGGUGCUUCAGUUUGACUGCCCAGAGGACGCCAACACAUACAUCCACAGAGUCGGCAGGACAGCCAGGUAUAAGGAGGGAGGAGAAGCCUUGCUUAUACUUAUGCCCUCAGAGGAGAAGGGCAUGAUUACUCAGCUUCAGGAGAAAAAAGUCCCCAUCAACAAAAUCCAGGUGAACCCAGAGAAGCUGACGUGUGUGCGGCAGAAGCUGGAGGCCUUCCUGGCCCAGGAGAAGGAGCAGAAGGAGAGAGCUCAGAGGUGUUUUGUGUCUUACCUUCGCUCCAUCUUUCUGAUGAAGAACAAAGACGUCUUUGAUGUGUUUCAGCUGAAGCUCCCAGAAUACGCCACGUCUCUGGGUCUGGCUGUUCCCCCACGGGUGCGUUUUCUAAAUAAAGCCCAGAAACCAAAGGACGAGGUGACUCAGGAGAUCAGCACUGCAGCUGACUCUGAUGAAGAGCUAAAGAGCUUUAAAGCCCAGUUCAGAAAAGACCAAAGCAGCAACUCUGAGUCUGAAGAGGAGGAGAGUGAAGAGGAAGAAGAGCAGGUGAAGUCUAGAGGCCAGCUCUGCAGUGAUGAUGAUGAUGAGGAUGAAGACCUGAAGGAUCUGGACCUGCUGACAGUAAAACGGAAAGAUGUGUUUAAUGUCAAUGAAGACAAGGAGGAGGAAGAGGAUCUCAAGGCCAAGAGUAAGACCGUGUCCAAGUUUAAGGAAGCCAAGAAAACUCUGAAGAGAAACUUUAAGGUGAACACCAAGAAGAUCUUCACUGAGGAUGGAGAGGCGGUGCAGCAGUGGCCCCCGCUACCAAAGACCGUAAUGCCAGAUGAUGAGGAAGAUGACGAGGAAACGACAGGCUUUGACGUGGAAGCGGCAAAAGAGCGACUUCGCAAGGAGGACCAAGAGUUUGACAAGAAAGAAUACAGCAGGAAGAUUAAAGAGAAACACCGGGAACAGAGGCUGAAGGAGAAGGCUGCAAGAAGAGAAGCAAGCAAAUGGGCUAAAGAGGAGAAGGAGAAAAAGAAGGCUGGCAUUGGGGAUGGAGAUGAAGAAGAUGAGGAGGAGGAGGAGGUGGUGGCAUACCUGUCAGGUGCUGAUGAUGAAGAGUUUGACCCCAGUACCCUACCUGACCCUGAUAAAGUGCGCAAUUCAGAGGAUGAAGAUGAAGAAAGCAGUGAUGGCCCUGAGCAUGGGGGGAGGAAGAGGAGCCACAGCAGUAGUGAAGAUGAUGAUGAUGAUAACGGACACUGGGGGACAGGGAGGAAAAAGGCCAAGCAGCACAGCUCAGAACCUGAGCUUCUGGACACUGGUCUCUCUCUGGCGGAGGAUGAGGAGUUGGUGCUGCAUUUGCUGGGAGGCCAGAGUUAGUUCAUUUCCACUGAACGCAGGACCUUGUGACUGUGACCACAGCCUCCCUCAACUCACACUUCUCAUGUAAUGGACUCCAAUUAUGUUCUGUUCCUCUCAUGCAUAUCUACAUUCUGGGAUUAGAUUUUGUUUUGUGAAAUAAAAUUAACAGUGGUUAUAAUUUUUGUGCCAUCUAACUGGAAUUUGCUUGACCAUCUUUCUUUUAUCUGUACAUAACAGCCUGUCUUUGUCCACCAGAGAGAAAUCUAGAAAUUGAAAUUGCUUGUGGUUUCAUGUGGCCUACCAAGUGUCAGUGGGAUGCACAGAUAACUGCAUUGCUGAUGCCAAUCUUAAAUCCCCAAGCAUACUAAAUCCCUGAUUGCUUUUUGGGUCAAUGUUUAUCUUGUGGGCACUGUCUGCAUGAAUGUUUGCUGAAUAUUUUAAGGUCUUGGUAUAUUUAACCAGAAUGACUUCUCUUUAUGUGUAAAGAGGGCAGGGUACAUGAAUAAUAACAGAAUUGGCCAUGCUAUUUGAAAUAAUCAACAAUACCCCAACAUGAAGUAGAGUUACUGUUUUGUUUGUUUUCCAUAAAAGCAAGUUCAUCUUAAACCACAGGAAUUUGCCAACAAUUUUUUAUCCUCUAUACAAGUGCCUUAGCUUUUAAUACAGUGAUAAUGUAUUUAAAAAAGGGACAAGUUUAUUUGUGAAUAGAAAUUUCUGAGUAAAUAUUUGUAUUAACAUAAAAACAUUCAACAGCUGAGACAUAAACUGAACAAGUUUCACAGACAUUUGACGAACAGAAAUGGAAUAAUGAGUCCAUGAACAAAGUGGGGGUCAAUAUUAAAAGUAACAGUCAGUAUCAGGUGGCCAGCAGCUGCUUUAAGUACUACAGUACAUCUCAUCCUCAUGGACUGCACCAGAUUUGUCAGUUCUUGCUGUGAGCUGUUACUCCACUUUUCCACUUAUUUGGAUUUUACAAAAUUAUCUUUAAAAUACAGUCUCCAGAAAAAGGGGGCGUUUAUUUUUUUGCUGAGUAUAUAAACGGUUAAGGAAGGUGACAUCUUUGAACUAUUAAAAAAAACAGUGCGGAACAUUUUUCUGAGAGUGUUUAUUAGCAUGGGGCACACGGUGGCUUAGUGGUUAGCAUGUUCGCCUCACACCUCCAGGGUCCGGGGUUCG